UUUCGAUUUCAUUUUGUUUUGUUUUUUUUUUUGAAAAAAAUUCUCUGAUUCAAUUUAUCAAAAACAAUUAUGGAUUACGAUUUCGAUGAUGAUGAUGAAGGAUACUCAGAUCAUAGAGAUGAUAAAUACUAUUUUCUAUUGUCAAAAUCUUCGAAAGAACAGCGAAUAUUGCUUGAUAAAUUUAUUAAUUUUUGUGUUGCACAUUAUGAUAAUGAGUUUAAUGAUAAUCUUGAUCCAUUCAUUUAUCUCUCUACACUUAUUGAAUCGGAUCCAGAAUUUAUAGCAAAAAUUUUAAAUGAUUAUUGUCUAAUUCAACAUUGUAAUAAUCAACGUAUCUUCGUAUGUCAUCCUAAUAAAAUACCUCGUUGUUUUUGCUAUUUAACACCAAUACAUGUGUUUGCCAUAGUCGAAAAUGGUGAAAAAUUUUUGGAAGUUUUUAUUCAACGAUUUCCUCAUUUAAAUCUUGAUCAAAAAGUUGAUUUUGUUUGCUCACCGAAUGAUAUGGCAUUCGAUAUUUCUCCAUUAUGGAUUGCUACAUUAUUAGGCAAAACUAAUCAAAUGAAUUUUUUAUUAAAAUCUGGUGCCGAUCCAAAUACGAUUAGUUCAACUGGUUCUACACCAAUACGAUUAUGUUGUGGAAUUUCUGAAAAUUUAUCCCAAGAUGAAAGAAUUAUAUUGUUAGAAUUAUUAUUGAACCAUAAAGCUGAUAUAAAUAAACCGAAUAUACUACGAAAUACACCGCUCAUGUUAGCCAGUUAUAAUGGACAGGAAAAAAUUGUUAAAUUUCUUUUGGACAAUGGUGCUAAUCCUAAUCAAGCUGCUUAUUGUGGUGGUACACCACUUCAUUUUGCUGUCGAAAUUGGCAAUAUUUCAAUAAUCAAAAUGUUAUUAGAGCAUGGUGCAACAUUACAACCGGAUAUUAGUGGAUUAACACCGUUAUUUUUAGCCGCUUUUAAAAAUUCAUUAUCAGUUGUCGAUUUCUUAACAUCAUGGGAAGAAAAAUCAAAUCGAUUAACUAUUGAAAAUCUUAUUAUUAUUUAUGAAUUAUUAGCUGUUGGCUAUUGUAUAGAUUCGAAUGAUAAUAAUGAUUAUAAUGAUGAACCAAUGAGAAAUUUUCUUCGUUCUGCAUAUCAUUUACGAUAUUUACCAUUAAAUUAUGAUGGAAAUUUGAUUGAUCAUAUUUUAUUGUCCGAAUGUGAAGAUCCAAAUGUUUUGCCUGUUCGACCAAAAAAUAUUCAUCAUGCACGUUUUGCAUAUGAUUUUAUUCAAGAAACACAAACAUUAGAACAAUUUUUAGCUAUUGAAAAUGAUUCCGUACUUCUUCAUUAUGAAUGUUUAUUCGCAUUGGAACGUUUUUUCAUCAAUGAUUGUGUUAAAUUGGCCAAAUGUUUGAACAAAAUGGGACAUAUUUUUAUUAAAAAAUUUCAAAAACAUGAUACAGCAUUAGAAUUAUGGGCACGUUCAAUACGAAUAUUAAUCAAAUUAAAAGUAUUUGUUGCUGAUGAUUUUCGUUUAUAUUUGGAACAUCUUAAUUGGAAUAUAUUUCAACCGGAAAAAUUUCAAUAUUGGAAAGCAUUAUUUGAAUUGGCAAUCCAAUAUUUAGAAUCAUUUCCAUUACCAAAUGGUUUACAAGCAAUGUCAUUUCAAUUGGAUAUACAUGAACUUUGUCAAGCUGAACAUUUUACAUUGAACGAUGUUAAAGUUGAUGAUUUAUUUGCUAAACCUGGUAAUCGAUCAAAAUUACCAUCUGCCGAAUCAAAAGAUAUUCAUGUUGUAUUGGAUAUUGUUUGUUCGAUCAUAUUUUAUUUUGCAAAGCAUUAUAAUGAUUUAGGUGAUGUUGAACAAAAAGUUAUUGAAGGAAUAAUCCGAAAAUUUUUAAAAUUAAACUAUACAAAUCUAGAUUAUCGUCGUCAUAUGAUUCAUGCAAUAUUUAGCUAUAAUAAUUGGAGUGUGGAUAUUUUUCUUUUGAAAUCAAUAACCAAAUUAUUAUUAAAAUGUGGUGCCAAUACAAAUGUAUAUGAUAUAAUAUAUAAUACACCAUUACAUUAUCUAUCAUUUUAUGGUCAUGAAAAUCAACUAUCUAUACGUGAAUUAACACCAAUAUUUAAAGAUUUAGUUAAUCAUAUUUAUUAUGGAAAAUAUGUUCGUAAUGCUUUACAUCAUUUUGAUUAUGCUGAUUUACAAUCAGUUCAUUUGGAUGCUGUUAAUAUUUAUAAUCAAACAGCAUUUCAUAUUUAUCCAAAUCUAAUGUAUUGUUCAAAAUAUUCGGAUAUAAAUCUAUUUCCACUUAAAUGUUUAGCAGCACGUGUAUUACAUCGAAUGUUUUUUCGAUGUGGUGAUUGUAAAACUGUUAAAAAUGAUGAAAAUGCAAAAGAUGAUGUCAGUAUGCAUGUUUAUAAUCAAUUAGAUGAUUGGUUUUUAGAAUUACAAGAUGUUCCAUCAUAUAUAGUAUUGAAUGAAUCAUUGAAAAAUACAAUGAAAAAUCAUUUACCAUUACAUGAAGGAUUACCAUAUAAGGCAAAAGAAAUAUGGAAAUUGAUCGAUACAUUUAGUGAACGUUUGGGAAUAUCGGCAAAACUAGUUGAAUUUAUUGAAUUACAUGGCCCUUGUAAAUUUGUACAUCUCAUCGAAUAAUUUGAUUCUAAUAUUUGUGAUCGAAACAUAAAUAUGUGAUAAAUUUACAUUGAUAAAAAACUAU